GUAUUCCGGAGAGGACUUUCAUUUCCCAAUAACACGACGUCUAAGUGGAGUGGUUUGGCUCGAGGCGCACAGAAGUUACAGAGCUCUCGAAAAUGUAGCAUCAGAAAGUGUUGUCAGAAGGAGCAGAUCAGGACAGCAGACUAACACAGAUUAUCAAUCGCAAUCUCGGAAAUACAGAUUACCUCUAGCAGCAGUCCACCCGUGGAGGAAUUAUGCGUUUUUUCCUGCUCUCCGCGUUUUUUGUGGUGUCCGCAGUUGCAGGUGAUGACAUCACUGUCACUGUCAAAGGCUUUGAGAAAGACGAUGUGCUCCUGCCAUGUGACUGCCCUAAUAGAGAUUUGAAUAAGGACUUCAAGUGGCAAGUGGAAGAAGAUGAGGAGAGAGGGGUGAAGGCAAAAUUGAUCUUCAGCUAUAAUGAUGGGACCUUAGAUUUUAAAGGAAACCUGUCCCACCGAUAUGAAACAUUUUUUCAUAAGGACAGCAGUAAUUGUUCUGUUCUAUUAAAAAACAUCACAAAAGAAGACCAGGGAAAAUACAGUUGUCGUUUUUAUUCUCCACAAUACAGAUGUUUUUUUGUGAAUCUUGUGGUUUGUGGGACACCUAUUUUUCAGCACAGUGAGACUCACCCAAAUGGUGGAAACGUUUACCAAUGUGUUGUAAAGCUUGACAGCUACAAAGAGCCUAACAUUCAGUGGACUUUGAACAAUGGAACGUGUCUGUCAAAUUCAACCACGACUAACAUCUCUACCACAUACAGCCUGGAUGAAGAAACUGACGUCCACUAUUUUCACAGUAGACUUGAGACUGAAAGCAACUUCCUCUCAGAGCCUAGAUGUCAAGUCAAUGUCACAUGCCCAUCUGGGAAUUAUCUAUAUUCAUUAACCAGCCUGGACCCCCUUUUCAGGAUAUUAUUUAAAGGGGUCCCUGUUGUGUUGGCGCUUGGAUUUUUGCUGAUUUGGUACUGUCGUGGAACGUCUCACAGAUUUCCCAGUGACAGAAAUGUGCAAAAUGGUGACUUCUCUCAGACAAAAACAAACUCAGACGAGCUUUAAGUGAGGAUGUGAAUGUACUUUAUUCUGAACCAAAGGAGGUGAUUAAUCACUGCUGAUGCAAUAGUGGCUGUUUGUGAAAUCUAGUUUUCAUCUUUUGUUCCUGCUCAUGGAAAGUACAUCUAUUUUGGAAGCUAAAGGGGGAGGAGUCGAUUCUCUGUAUGCCAUUUAUCAGAUUUCCUUGUAAAGAGUAAAGUCUGAGCUAUACAGUAGCUUGCAAAAGUA